AUGAUCCUCUGGGUCGUCGACAACCUGAAGCUCGGCCCGAAGGACACGCUCGUCGUCGUCUACAACCCCAAGUUUCUCGACAUGCGCGAGCUCAUGGAGAUGGUCGUCGAGCGCGUGCCGGGAACGGUGCUCGUCGAGCUGCCGCGGCCGACGCUCGGCGCGGCCGAGACGGUGCGCUUCGGCCUCGAGGGCCUCGACGCCCGGCUGCGGAAGCGGCCCUGCAUGCUCGUCGACGGCGACACGUUCUACACGGCGGACAUCGUGUCCGCGUACCGCGCGAUCGCCGACGCGGCCGGCGGCUCGUUUUGCUUCGAAGACACGCAGCCCAAGCCCAUGUACAGCUACGUCACGCUCGGCGCCGACGGCAAGGAGAUCACGGGCAUCAAGGAGAAGGUGAAGAUCUCCGACUGGGCGAACACGGGCUGCUACUGCUUCCGCGACGGCGAGCGGCUGCUGCACUACUGCGGCGUCAUCAUCGACAGGGGCGAGACGCAGCUGAGCCAGGACAUGAAGGGCGAGUUCUACACGUCGGGCGUCAUCAAGGCCAUGCUCGACGACGGCGAGCGCUUCGAGGCGCUCGUGCUCGACCGCGACUGCAUGCACGUGCUCGGGACGCCCGCGCAGCUCGUCGACUUUUGCCGCGCGUGGCCGUCGCCCGAGGCGUACCGCGUCUGCUUCGACCUCGACAGCACGCUCUUCACGGCGCCGCGCGUCAAGGGCGACUACGCCACCUGCGAGCCCAUCCCCCGGGCCGUGGCCAUGCUGAAGCACCUCAAGGCCAUGGGCCACUACAUUAUCCUCCACACGGCGCGCCGCAUGCGGACGCACUCCGGCAACGUCGGCGCCAUCGUCGCCGACGUCGGCGCCGUGACCAUGGAGUCCCUGCGCAAGGCGGGCGUCGAGUACGACGAGCUCGCCUUCGGCAAGCCCUGGGCCCAGUUCUACGUCGACGACAAGGCCGUCUGGGCCUACGCGGACCUGGAGAAGGAGCUCGGCUACUACCCGCCGACGGCGCCCUGCGUCGCGUCCAAGUACGCCGCGCCGCCGACGCCCCGGCGCGCGGCGCCGCCGGCGCCGGGGCCGCCGCUCCUCACGGUCGCGCUCGCGGCCUACGCGGUCCUCGCGACCGCGGCGCUCGUCGCCCUCCGCGCGAAGAAGUAG